CCGAGUCAAUAGCGGAGGAACCAGGGAGAUAGUGGUCUGGCUUCCGUAGCCCUCCUGUACGCAGCGAGCCUCUUCUGUGCUUCAGCCAGAGGAUGUUGCAGUGGCGGAGGCAGAAGCCAGCGCUGCCUUUUGACUUAUCCAUUGGAGCCCUCCACCCAGUCUCUCCAUGUCUGCAGCCAGCAAGCAUUUCUCUCAUCAUGAGUUCUGAAUUAAACGUUCCGGUGGAUCCUUCCACUCCUGCUUGCUGUUCUGAACCUGGCACAAAAGGCAUGGAUUAUCGGGACUGGGUCCGGCGCAGCUACCUGGAAUUAGUCACAUCAAACCACCACUCCGUUCAGGCCCUUUCAUGGAGGAAAUUGUACCUGAGCCGAGCCAAACUGAAAGCUUCCAGCAGAACUUCUGCUCUGCUCUCUGGAUUUGCAAUGGUUGCCAUGGUGGAGGUGCAGCUGGAGGUACAGUACAAGUACCCCCAGAUGCUGCUGAUCGCGUUCAGUGCCUGCACGACGGUGCUCGUGGCAGUUCAUCUGUUUGCCCUUCUCAUCAGCACCUGCAUUCUGCCCAACGUGGAAGCAGUGAGCAACAUCCACAACCUGAACUCCAUCAGCGAGUCCCCGCAUGAGCGCAUGCAUCCCUACAUUGAGCUGGCGUGGGGCUUCUCCACCGUCCUGGGGAUCCUCCUUUUCCUUGCGGAAGUCGUGCUGCUGUGCUGGAUAAAAUUUCUGCCCGUGGGCUCCAUCCUGAAAAAUGAGACCACCAACGUCGAGAAGCCCAGCGGCCAUGCAGGUUGGCAGUCAGCACUGGUCUCCACCAUCAUCAUGGUCCCAGUGGGUCUGAUUUUUGUCGUCUUCACCAUUCACUUCUACCGCUCUUUGGUGCGGCACAAAACGGAGCGCCACAACCGAGAGAUCGAAGAGCUUCACAAACUGAAAGUGCAGUUAGACGGGCAUGACAGAGGCAUGCAGCAGGCAACUCCUCUGGUGGAACCUGGAGCUGUACUGACGAGUCUGACAGAGCUGGAUCCGGUGAGAGUGCUGUGUGCUGUUAAAGAGCUAUCACAUUUCAUUUGAGCUGACUUUUUCCAGCAGCAGAGAAAAUGACACUUGCACGUCUGUAUUGCUUAGCAAGGCAAGCUUGUAAAUUCUAUAGCAUCCUUUUGGGUGAAAACUUCUGUAAAAAUGCUUUUAUGAUUUAUGGUAACUUUGUGGAGGGAAAAGCAUGUUUUGCAAUCAUCAGCUCUUGCAAGGGAAAGUAAGGCUUUGUGCCACACAGGGCUGAAAGAAGCAUAAGCACAUUUUCUUGGCCCUGAUCCUGUGCUGAUUUCCUGCUCCGCACUCAAACAUCGCAGUUUCAGUCUCCCAGGCCUUAUAGGCUUCCGAAAUCGUUAAGGAUAGUUGUAAUGCUCUAUUUAACCCUGGUCCCUUAUUCCACUGGGAUUUGAGAAAUCUAAUGGCAGUGUAUUACAUGUCAGCUUCCCAGAAUGGAGAGUACAUGCAAAUCCCAGUGCAGCAGGGCGAGACUAUCCCUAUAUUCCUCUCUGGCGAGGGCCUUGGGAACCCAAUUCUAAUCUCUCUUGUUUACAUGCGAGUUUGAGCAUUGCUGAACAAGUUGCUUAGCACUGUGUCUGUGGCUUUCAUCUGUUGUUCUUGCCGCAGUUGGCGUGUACCAUAUUGGCUGACAUGCAGCAAAGAAAAUAGUCUUUGUGUGCUAAAUGACUAGUCUGUACUUAUGUGCAUAUGCAAAAAAAAUGCGGAGUGUCCUCCAGGAAGUGGGUGGUCGUGAAAUUCAUACCAUCUCCCCAGGAGUCUGCCCUCUCUCCCUCUUCUUUUUACCAUAAUAAAGGUUUACACAACAAAAUCAGCGUUGAGCUUUCUGCCAAGUAUUACACAUGUAAGCUCUUCCACCAACAAAAUUUCUGUUGUGAGGCCAGAGCCAGACCAGACAGGAUGAAUCUCUCAUCUCUACUUUGCACUCUCCUUUAAUAUCAGUAAUAAUUGGACUCUGUGUGCUGUGGAGCUCAGGAGGUUGUUGAGGAAAGUAUUGAGCCAUUUUUGCAAUUACAAAAAGAAAAAAAAAAGUUUCACGGUGCACAUACAGUGCUGCAAAAGCAAUGCAGCUCACUUGGAAACAGUCAAAUUGUUCAUUUAAUUCUUUGCAAAUAUAAUAAACUUCAGCAAAUGGAGAAA